CUGGUCCUUACUGGUCCUUACUGGGCGCAGUGCCGAUGGAGGAGCGCGGUGCCGAAUAUGACCUGAGCGCGGUGCGGCUCUGCUUCCAGGUGUGGCUGCAGGGCCCCGGGGGGCUCAGCCCACUGCCCCCCGUCCUCUCCCAGCCCAUCUACGACAACCGUGCCCCCAGCACAGCCGAGCUGCGCAUCUGCCGGGUGAACCGCAACUCCGGGAGCUGCCAGGGGGGGGACGAGAUUUUCCUGCUGUGUGACAAAGUCCAGAAAGGUCGGUGUCCCCAAAGGUGUCCCCAAGGUGUCCCCAAAAGUGUCCCCAAGGUGUUCCCAAAAGUGUCCCCCAAAAGUGUCCCUGAAAGUGUCCCCAAAAGUGUCCCCAAG